AUUUGAUUUUCUACAUUUGUAAAAGUAAAAUGUGAAUAAUAUUUGUAAUUUGUAAUAAUUUUGUUUAACUUAAGCUUGCAUUAUUUUUUUUAAACAAAAGUUCGGGAUAAUUUGCUUUGGCAGAAAUCACCGAGAAAAAAACAAGCGGAACGAUGUCUUCGAGUGCAGGAUCGAGCGGCAGCUCAGGAGGUGGCCGUGGAAGUGGUGGGGGUGGAAACGCAGGCGGACGUGGAGGCAAUGAAUCUAAUGCUGCACCGGUAGCGCCCAAACCUGAAACAAAAGAGUCUAAACCUAAUCCUAAAAUGUCAAAGGCUCUUGGAACUUCUGCUAAAAGAAUUCAAAAGGAGCUAGCUGAGAUUACACUUGAUCCUCCUCCAAAUUGUAGUGCGGGCCCGAAGGGAGAUUCUUUGUAUGAAUGGGUUUCUACUAUACUUGGGCCACCUGGUAGUGUGUAUGAAGGAGGGGUGUUUUUCUUGGAUAUUCAUUUUUCACCAGAAUAUCCUUUUAAACCACCUAAGGUUACAUUUAGGACAAGAAUUUACCAUUGUAACAUAAAUAGCCAGGGAGUAAUAUGCCUGGACAUAUUAAAAGAUAAUUGGUCACCUGCUUUGACUAUUUCAAAGGUUCUGCUGUCUAUUUGCUCUUUGCUAACAGAUUGUAAUCCAGCUGAUCCUUUGGUUGGCAGUAUAGCCACACAAUAUUUACAAAAUCGAGAAGAACAUGACCGCAUAGCAAGGUUAUGGACGAAACGCUAUGCUACGUGAUUGAAUAGAUUUAUGAUAUUAGUUCUCGUGUUUUUUUUGGUUACUAUGCUUUUUAAAGUUUUUUCUGACAUGUGCAAAAAUAAUUUUGAGUUCAAACAAAUAAAGCAGUUGUUCAUAUCUAGAAAUUUGAUCACUUGUAUAUUUUUUUAUUAUUAACCUGACCUUAUAUUUCUUUAUUAUUUGUUCCUUGCCUUUUUAAUUUAGGAUCAUGAUUACUAAGUGCUAUAUUUCACAUAUAUAAUAUAUAACCUCAAUAAUUAAAAUAUUUUUAUUAUAUUCACCUUGUACUAGAUUUUAAGUUUUUUGUUACAUCUUAUAAAUGUGAAAUGUUUGAUAUUCUUGAUUCUAAAGGCUGUGAGAAAGGCAUGUUAGAUAGCUGACAAAGAUAUGAACAUUUGUCAAUCAUAAAUUAAAACUUUUGCCGCUAUACAAAAAUAUAACUAAUAACUAAUAUUGGUCAAUUUUCUAGAAAAAGAACUCUUUAUUUUGCAAAUAUAUAUGUUUGAUUUAUCGUCUGUUCGUGCUUGUAUGAUUGUGUUU